AUGUCCGACAUCAUUGUGAUCAAACUCGCCGCAUUUUCAAAUAUCAACCUUCUACAGUUAUCCUCUGUAAUCACCCUUUUCUUGUUCGUUCUCCUCUCCACUGCUCUACUCCUCCCCUUUCUCCUCCUCCUCCUCCUCCUCCUCCUCCUCCUCCUCCUCCUCCUCUUCUCCUCCGCCCGCAUCUUGGCCUCCCCACCUCCUCCCCCUCCUCCUUCCCCUCCACACUUCAUCCUCUCCGCAUUUAUUUAUACGUCAUAA